CAGUGCAGACAACAGCUGCCUCAGGACAAACUACGGUGGCAACGACAAUUGCCGUCACGGCGAUCCCAACGACCGCUGCCCCGGUGAGGACAACAGUCGCCGAACGGCAGACAACAUCCGCCACGACGGCUGUGCAGACGACAGCGGCUGAGCUCGAAGCGACGUCCUCAGCGGUUACGACAACGGCCGGGCCGGUCCGCACGACAGCGGCCCCGGUCCGCACGACAGCGGCGCCGGUCGCGACCACCGAAGGCAGAAUUCAGUCGACUGGUGCCCAAACCGUGGGCGCCGGGCAGACCACGGCGCCACAAGUGCCGACGGUUCUUCCGCCGACGAUACCGCCCAACAACUGCCACCAGCUCAACCCUCCGCGCAAGCUGGGCGAGCAGUGGAACGAGAACGACUGCAUGCUGGCGACGUGCAUGGGCGACGGGUCGCAGGUCUCAAUGACUAAGCGGCCGUGCGUGGUACCCACACCACCCGCCUGCGAGUCGGGCCGCCCCUCGCGACGCGUCACCGACCCCGACGGCUGCUGCUACCACUGGGAGUGCGACUGCAUCUGCACGGGCUUCGGCGACACGCACAUGCAGACCUUCGACGGCGCGCGCUUCUCCUCACCGGGCAACUGUUCGUACAUCCUUGUGGAGGAGCGGGAGAAGCUCCACGACUUCACCAUCGUCGCCGACAACUUCGACUGCGUCUCGACGCCGCUGGCCUCCUCGUGCACGCGAGGCCUCGUCAUCUCCUACCAGGGCAACGUCCUGCGCGCCACCAUGACUUCCAGCGGCAAUCCCAGCGAGCGCAAGUUCAUGUUGAACGGGAAGACCAAGAAGGCACCCUUCAAUGAGCGCGGCUUCCAGGUGUCCACCGUCAAGACCGACGACAUCAUCUUCAUCAAGGACCUGCGCGUCCGCGUGCAGUUCAACGGCCUCGGCUUCCUCAUCGACCUGCCACGAGAUAUCUUCUGGGACAACACGCAGGGACAGUGCGGCACGUGCAACAACAUGCGCAAGGACGACUGCAUGGGCCGCGACGGAAUUCCGCGGGCGGCCGAGUGCUGCGCCGUGGUGGCGGGCGACUGGAUGACGGACGACCCGGACAAGCCGCAAUGCAUGCGCGUGCUGCUGCCCGCAAAGCUGAGCUGCGCCGGCGGCGCCACGCAGGCGAUGACGUGCGCCGGAGCCGACGAGUGCAACGCGCUCAUCCUGCAGACGUUCCAGUCAUGCUCCGCUGUGGUAGACCUGUCGGGCUACUUGGAGGGCUGCAAGAGCGACCACUGCAAGCCACGCACAGAGGCCCUGGACUGCGCCGGGGCCCAGCUCGCCGCGGCCGAGUGCGGCCGCGCCGGAGUGUGCGUCAACUGGCGCCCGCUCGUCCCCGACAAGUGCCCGUUUACAUGCCCUGGGAACAUGGUGUACAAGUACUGCGAGACAAAGGCUACACCUGUGUGUGGCCUGGACAGAAUCGAUGCAUCGAACCUGUGGAAGGGAGAGGGCUGCUACUGCGGGGACGGACAGCAGCUGCUGCAGGCCGGAUCCUCCACCUGCGUGACCACGUGUCCAGAGUGUUGGUCAGACAGCGGUGAACCGAAAUACGUCGGGGACCAAUGGAAGGAGGGCUGCGAACAGUGCGAGUGCCUGGAGGGAGGCAACGUGGAGCGCACGGCGCUGCCCUGCAAGCUGCCCACUAUCACCUGCCCCAUCGGGGUCAACCUGGUCCCAGCGCCCACCCCCAUCACGGAGGACAUCAUCACCACCACAUGCUGCCCCCGCGUGGAGUGCGCUGCCUGCAGACACAGCGGCUCCGUCUAUCAGGUCGGCGACACGUGGACAGACAACAACGACAUGUGCCUUCGUUUCUCCUGCACCGCCGUCAGCGGCUCGGCCGCCAUCGUCGAGAAGAUGAUCACCUGCGCGCCAUUCGACUUCAGCAAGUGCAAGUCGGACCCCAUCUACGAUGACUUUGGAUGCUGUCCUCUGUCAUGUGAGAAAGACCCGGAUGCGUCCAUCACCAAGUGCGAGGUGCUGACGUCCUUGGAGAAGAUCCAGGUGGAUAGCUGCGUGUCCGACGACAUCUCCCUGAGCCACUGCAGCGGAAUGUGCCUCUCCCUUUCCCGGCUGAACUACCAUACGGGCGGCAUCGCCCACGAGUGCAAGUGUUGCCAGGAGACGGUGACAGAGCAGCGGUCCGUUCCGCUGCGGUGCACCAACGGCACCGUCCUGGAGUACUCCUACAAGUACAUCCGCGAGUGCAACUGCGAGUUCUGCCAAUGAACGCCGGCCCGCAACGACAACAACGACGACGACAACGACGA